AUGCGUGCCUUGUUCUCCCUCGCUGCGUUCGCUGUGUUCGUUCGCUCUGUGACGGCCAUCUCCUGGGCACUCAUCUUUGACAAUGGCAAUACAUGGAUUGAGCAGGUCUUCACGAUACACGUACCUCCGGCACCGCCCGCAGACGUGACGACCGGACCGUGGUACUUCUGGUGCGGUCUCCAGCCCACCGGAGGCGGUGUCGUCCAGCCGGUGUUAGCGUUCCUUGGCCCAGAAGGCAACCAAGUCAACCCGAACCCCCCUUUCCCAGAGGUGUACGCUAUGAAUUUGUGGGCCUUGCCGUGGAACAUCGACGAAGGUGGAGCCCCUCCCACCCAGGAGAGUGCCGGCAUCUGGGUCGAUCAAGGCGCUCAAAUCGCUUCUUCCGUCUCCUUCCAAGGCUCUCAGUGGGUUCAAAGCGCGAACGUCAUCUCUGGUGCUGCCUCUGGCCAGUCUGUUACGCUGAACACACCGGACAGCUACUUCCAGAACACCAGCCCUGGUAAUGACAACACCAUGAUGACGGUGUGCGAGUCCGAAUUGUACGGCUCCCAGAUCGGCGAAUGGGACUUUUCCGUCACGUUCACCGAUGUAUUCUUCAGAGCAGCAAGCUCGAAUGGCGUCGAAGCCCUCUGCCAGACAGCCACGGAUCAUACGGACGGGAACGGGUUCAUUAGUUUCACUGGAUUUAGCAUGUUCGAUGAGGAGACAUGCUUCUGGUCUAGCAUCACGCUGACCCCCCCUUGA